AUGGCGAAACGCACGCCAGUGUAUUUUGUCUCCCACGGGGGCCCGAAUACCAUGUAUGAGACCAGCCACCCAGUGUACCCGCAGCUGCAACGCAUUGGGAAGGAAAUCACGGAGAGCGUCAAACCCUCGGCAGUGGUGGUCUUCUCGGCCCACUGGCAGGCCGAUCGACCCAACACGAUCGAGGUCAAUGUGGCCGAGGAGGAGCCUUUGAUCUAUGACUUCUACGGCUUUCCGCGGCACUACUACUCGGAGAAAUUCCCCAACAAAGGCUCACCCAAACUCGCGAAGCAAGUCAUGGCCAUACUGGGCGAGAACGGGAUCAAGACGCAAGAAGCAGAGAGGGGGUUGGACCAUGGCGUCUUCGUGCCGUUCAAGGUCAUGUUCGACCCGAAAACCAAUCCCCUCACGGUACCGAUUGUACAGGUGAGUCUGUUCGACGACGACACCGACGCUGCGGCACAUAUUCGACUCGGGCGGGCGGUGCAGAAGCUCCGCGACGAAAACAUUUUGAUCGUGGCCAGCGGCAUGUCAGUACACAACCUGCGGCAUAUGAUGACAGCUAUGGCCACGGGAAAGACGAUGCCAUAUUCGGCGUCCUUUGACGCUGCGCUUAAAGAUGCCGUGGAAACCGAGGCCGGUGAAGCUAGAGACGAAAAGAUGGUCAAGUUACUCACCCGGCCCGAUGGCAGACAAGCCCAUCCCACCUUUGAGCAUUUGCUACCUAUACAUAUAGCAGUCGGCGCUGCAGGUCACGAUCCGGGCAAACAGCUGUGGACGUUGGCUGAGGGUAGUCUGGCCUGGGCGCAGUACAGGUUUGAAGCAGGAGGGGAUCAAGUAAAGGAAGACCAGGAGGCACACCAUUUGUAG